CACUUCUUUGAAGGGGGAUAGAGCCAUAGAGAGAAAGGGACUAUGGAAUUUUCUGGAAUCACAAAAUAAAAAGACAGAGACUUCCCCCUUCCAAAUACUUUCUUCGUCAAAUCCCAAUUCCCACCGCUGCUAAUUUCACUUCACCGCGCUUCCAUUCCAAAUCACGUUGAUUUGAUUCUUUAGUCAUGCAUGAAACCGCAAUGCGGGGCUAUGAUAGAGAUGAGCUCGAGGAUUAUGAUGAUUAUGAGGAUGAACAGCUGGAUGAGUAUGAAGAGGAGGGAGAGGAAGAAUACAUGGUGGAAGAACCUCGGAAGCCAACAAAGGAAGAAAUUGAAUACCUUGAGUUGAGGCAGAAGUUGAAAGAAUCAAUUAGAAAAAAGAUGAAGAAGGAGAAUAGUAUUUCCGUUGCAGAUUCCAGUGUUAGAAAGAAGCAAAUUCGUCAUGAUAAUUAUGGGUCUUUUUUUGGUCCUUCUCAACCGGUUAUUGCACAGCGAGUAAUCCAAGAGAGCAAAUCAUUGUUAGAAAACCGGCAUUUGGUGCCCAAGCCUUCUAACACACCGCAAACUAACAAAAGUACAAAUAAAGUAUCUAAUGGUGUUUUGAAGCCUUCAGCUCAUAAUCAGCCACCAAAAGUCAAUGAGAAGCAAGUCAAAGCUGAGAAACUUAAGGUUACUAGGGAUUACUCAUUUCUUUUGUCCGAUGAUGCGGAGCUUCCUGCUCCAUCAAAAGAGCCUCCGUCUAGGAAUAUAUCUGUGCGCAGUUCUGUGGGACAAGCAGCUCAAGUUGCAGGAAGGAGUAAGCAAUCUAUGAGCAAUGGUGGCAAGCUCGUUCGUAGUAGUGGUGAGGACCGGAAACUUGUUGCCAGGGCUAGUCAUUUAGCUCCUAAACCACAAUCCAAUUAUAAGUUAAGUUCUGCCAGUCAGGCCAGUAAGGCAUCAGUAGAUUCUAGAAAACAGAUUGGUAGCAACGGUCGGAAUGGACAACAGCUUGGUAGCAACAGUGGGAAUGGACCAGGCCGGCCAGUGGGGCCAAAAGGGUUGCCAUCAAAGAUGCCUGUUCAUAGCAUGGGAAAUAAAUCAGUCACACCUGGCAUGAGAAACCCUGCGAAUGGUGUGCAGAGGCCACCCACUUCAAGGGUUCCGUCGUCUGUUCCAAAACACGUGGAACAAAGAAGAGAUGUAAGAGAACAGAAUAAACCCAGAAUUCUACCGAAACAACCAGUUUCAUCAUCAAAAGCUCAGAUAAGUAAGCCACCACUUAAACAAAUUCCUAAGCGUUCUGAUUUGCCUGAUCAGCGCCCCAAGAGUAAAGUUGGUAAGCGACGCGCUGAUGAGUCUGAGGAUGAAAUGGAUGUUAGCAGAAUGAUCAGAUCAAUGUUUAAUUACAACCCUAACAGAUUUGUCGAUGACGACGACGACGAUAAUAUGGAGGCGGGCUUUGAUGAAAUCUUGAGGGAGGAAAAGAGGAGUGCUUUAAUUGCUAAGAAGGAGGAUGAAGAGCAACUUAGGUUGAUAGAGGAGGAGGAGGAAAGACAGCGGAGACGAAGAAUGUCCAAGUUAAAGAAGCGUAAGCUUGGCGACUAGUAGUAACAUCGAAAGAAAAUACCAUUCUCAGUUUUCAAAUUAUCUGUUUGAUUAUUAUGAGAUCUGAUUUGCUCAAUUCAAUCCAAUGGUGAUGCAAAAGCAAGUGAUGUUUUUUGUCAAAGCUAGUUUGUAUUAUAUUUUGUAAUUUGUUAUAAUGCUAAUGAUACAACUAAUAAUUACAAUUUUUUUAUUGUUACAAAGGGGGCAAGUGCCUGGAAGUUAGUUUGAUAGAUUUGGCUUUCAACCCUAAAUUUUAUUGGGCAAAUUAUUCAGAUGAGUUGAUGUUUAAAGUUUAAUAAAGAUAGAUGGAUUAGGGUUGGCCUGAAA